AAAAAAAAAAAUCAAAAGAAAAACCCACACCCGAAAAUAUUGAGAGAGAAAGAGAAAGGUUACAUUACAAUUAGGGUUUGAAGCUUGACCCGCCAAAUCUUCUCCGCCAAAAAACCCUAAUUUUCUUGGUUCACUCCUCCGGCAUUGCCUUCUUAUGAAUCGGAUCCCGAUCCGGAUCCUCCAAAUUAUUGUUUCGGACUCGAACGGGUUCUCUCCCCGACAAUGGCGGCGAAAUCUUCGCCUUCUGAUUCGGUGGAUAGAUCGGAACCUCCCAAUGACUCCUCGAUGACACAAACUGAAGAAAACACUGUGACUGUUAAGGAGGUUUUAUUGAUAAUUGAUUCAUUAAAGAAGCAAGUUACAGCUGACCGAUCUGUUUAUGUGAAGAAAAGAUUGGAAGAAAACAGGCAAAAUUUGGGUGGUAUAACGAGCCAUCUUUAUAAAUUGUCAAAUGAAAGAAGAAGCAGUUGGAUUAGUGAUACUGACAGUGCUUCGGAUCUAUUGACAAAGAGGCAAAAAGAUGCACUUAGUAUGCAAAAUGGUUUUGACAUAAGUGAUGGGGAUAAGGAUAGUUAUAGCUAUCAAGAACCUUCUACAGCAGUUCUUAUGGGAUCUAGUAUUCCAGUCAAGAAUGCUGUUCGUCCUGUUAAGCUUACAGAAGUGAAAAAGCUACCGCCUUAUACUACAUGGAUAUUUCUGGACAGAAAUCAAAGAAUGACAGAGGAUCAAUCAGUGGUAGGUCGAAGGAGAAUCUACUAUGAUCAAAAUGGUGGUGAAGCACUUAUCUGCAGUGACAGUGAGGAGGAAGCAAUUGAGGAAGAUGAAGAAAAGAGAGAUUUUGCGGAAUCUGAAGACUUUAUUCUUCGAAUGACCAUCAAGGAAGUUGGUUUGUCGGAUCCAGUACUGGAAUCACUAGCACAAUGUUUGUAUAGAAGUCCUUCUGAAGUCAAGGCAAGAUAUGAAACUCUUAUGAAGGAAGGGAAGGAUGCUGGGGCCUCUAAGAAUGGGGAUAUUGAAGCACAAAAUUGGAAUUCCUUUCUUGAAAAAGAUCUUGAAGCAGCUCUUGAUUCUUUUGACAAUUUAUUUUGUAGACGAUGCCUUGUCUUUGAUUGCAGAUUACAUGGAUGCUCUCAGGACCUUAUCUUUCCUGCUGAUAAACAAACUCCAUGGAACCAUCCAGAUGAAGAGAAUGAACCAUGUGGUCCGCACUGCUAUCGUUUGGUGCUUAACUCAGAACGAAAUGGCACAGUCAGCACUCCAAUGAAUCCCAAAGAAAAGUCAAACUCUUCAUCUGAUGGUGUUGGGGCACAAACGUCAUCCCGUAAGAAAUCUUCUGGUCCAUAUGCUAGGAGGAAGGUAAAGUCCUGCCAAAGUGAAAGUGCUUUGUCCAAUGCUAAAAAUCUUUCAGAAAGUAGUGACUCAGAGAUUGGACCCAGGCAUGAAAACUCCUUGUCGCCUAUUCCCCAGUUAUCACCUUCUAAGAAUAAAAUUGCUGGAAAAUCUGGAAUUCUCAAGAGGAAUAGCAAGCGAGUCGCUGAACGUGUUUUAAUUUGCAUGCGCAAGAGGCAGAAGAAGAUGGCAGCUUCGUAUUCUGAUUCUGUUGUGAGUGGAGGUGUUUCGCCAACAGAUAUGAAACUGAGGUCUAAUGCAUGGAAAGAAAACGAAGAUUCUACAUCUUCUUCGCAGAAGAAUGUGAAAUCUCCAAACACAGGAAGGUCUAGGAGGAAAGAGUGGCCAUUACAGGAAGGAGAGAAAGGAGAAGUUCCUGAAGUUCCUUCUAGUGAGACUAUUAAUGAAUUGGCUCGGUCUAGUAGCAAUUAUGGCCUGAGAAAAGAAGAGUUUGUGGAUGAAAACUUAUGUAAACAAGAACUAAGUGAUGAUAAAUCUUGGAAAGCUAUUGAAAAAGGUCUUUUUGAGAAAGGUGUGGAGAUUUUUGGCACGAACAGCUGUUUGAUUGCCAGAAAUCUUUUAAAUGGAUUGAAGACAUGUUGGGAAGUUUUCCAAUACAUGACCUGCUCUGACAAUAAACUGGCUUGCCAUGCAGCUGAUGGUGUUAUAUCUCUUCUUGAAGGGUAUUCCAAGUUUGACCUUAAUGGAACCAUGGGAAAUAACGAAGUACGACGCAGAUCAAGAUUCUUGCGUAGAAGGGGUAGGGUCCGUCGUUUGAAAUAUACCUGGAAAUCAGCUGCAUAUCACUCAAUCAGGAAAAGGAUUACUGAGAGGAAAGAUCAACCAUGCCGGCAGUAUAAUCCAUGUAGUUGUCAAACAGCUUGCGGAAAGCAAUGUGCUUGCCUUUUAAAUGGGACUUGCUGUGAAAAAUACUGCGGAUUUAUGGUUAACACAUGCGUUGAUGAUAUCUUGAUGUUGAUCCAUUUAUUCUCUUUCCUGCUCUUUGCUCAUUUAUAUAGAUGUCCUAAGAGUUGCAAGAAUCGAUUUAGAGGUUGUCAUUGUGCUAAAAGUCAAUGUCGAAGCCGUCAGUGUCCAUGCUUUGCUGCAGACAGGGAAUGUGAUCCAGAUGUUUGUAGAAAUUGUUGGGUCAGUUGUGGUGAUGGCACUGGUACACUUGGAGCCCCUCCACAAAGGGGUGACAAUUAUGAAUGCAGAAAUAUGAAGCUUCUUCUCAAACAACAGCAAAGGGUGUUGCUUGGAAGAUCUGAUGUUUCUGGAUGGGGAGCUUUCUUGAAGAAUAGUGUUGGCAAGCAUGAAUACCUUGGUGAGUACACUGGGGAGCUGAUUUCACAUCGGGAAGCAGAUAAGCGUGGAAAGAUAUAUGACCGUGAAAAUUCUUCAUUUCUCUUCAAUCUGAAUGAUCAGUUUGUUCUUGAUGCUUACCGAAAGGGUGACAAAUUGAAGUUUGCCAACCAUUCUCCUGAUCCUAAUUGCUAUGCAAAGGUCAUUAUGGUGGCAGGGGAUCAUCGGGUGGGUAUAUUUGCCAAAGAACGAAUUAAUGCAGGGGAGGAACUUUUCUAUGACUAUCGUUACGAGCCCGACAGAGCUCCUGCUUGGGCUAGAAAGCCUGAGGCCUCUGGGUCCAAAAAAGAGGAUGGGGCUCCUUCAAGUGGACGAGCAAAGAAGCUUGCUUAACCUGACCAUUUAUUUACAUCCUGAAUUCAAUUCUUUUGCCAUUCUUUCACAGGUAGAAGGAUCAUUCUCAUUGAUAGAUGAUAGGAAAGGUGAAUGUUCUCUCAUUUUGUUGGGGAUGCCAUUGUCAUCUCCAUUAAUAACUUAUUUGAUUUUUGCCUUUCAAUUCAAGUUUAUUCCAGACUGGACUGUGUUCACUUAACCUGGAAAAGAGCCACCACUUACCAUCUUCCAUGUGACCUGACUUAACAUGACAUCAAACUGUUCUUGUAAAAGGCAAAUGCAAAGAUACAAUCAUGCUUGCCUCCUUUUUGUUAUGGGAGGUUAAUGUUGCUGGAAGAAAUCGUGCUACAAAUUUUAGGUA